AUGGGCCGCGAAGAAUGGAACAACGUGCUCAAAGGCAAAGUCAUGGAGUUUAGGGGCAUUACAACGAACCCCCAUCAGGCUGCCCAAGACCGCGAACAACUACUCCAUGAUCGCAGAGUUGAGAAAGCUGAACAUGACCGCAUGAUCUGGGAGGGUCUCCGUUCUACAGAGAGCGUACAACCCUAUAUAACACGGAGGAUGCUCGAAGCCCAAAGCCAAGACUGUAAGCUGUUGAAUGAAAUGAAACAGAAAGAAAUCAGUGAAAUCAUGAUCAAGAAAAAUGCAGAAAUUGAACAGAAACUGGGUUUCUUUCUGGACAGGCAGCAUUUUGAGGAGGAAAGUCGGGCCAAAAGAACAGUAGCUCUCCGUCAGAACGACCCAGAACUAAUGAAAUUUGCCCGAGCAGUUCGCUCUAGAGCUGUCGGAAUCAUGCAAAGGUCGCAGGCCAUCGCAACGGAGCUCAAGAGAAAAAUGAAAAAGGCUGAAGAAGACCGUAUUGAGCGUGAAUGGAUGGAUGCGUUAAUUGCCUCCGAACAGGAACGCGAAUGCCAGGAGAGGAUAGCCAAAUAUAAAGUUAAACAGGAAUUUGCCAAGUGCGUACAUGAUCAGCUGCGUGACAAAAUGACGCUCCGAUGUGGCGACUUCCAAAAGGAAAAGCACCGCUGUGAGACGGUUGUGGCUAAAGAACUAGCGGAACUUCAAGCGGAAAAAGACCUGGCGUUGAAGCGGAAGCUGGAACUUCGAGAUAUCUUCCUGGCAGAACUGGAAAGACGCCGCCAGGCCCGCAAGGAUGCAAACAAGGGCGAGCACGAAUUCAUACUGAAGAAACAACAGGAGAUGCAAGAGAUUGAGGACUUUAAGGACUACAAAAAGGAUAACUACAUGUUUGAGACCCGAAGCACAUCAAGGCUUUCCUUGGUUUCCGCCCUCACACCUCUGUCCACCAAAAGCUGUGUCCUAUCGUACCAAGUCCGAGCAGCCGAUCAACUGGUUGCCUUAAAGGCAGCCCACGAUGAGGAACUGCAUAGCCGAGCAGAGAAGGCAGCUGAACAAAUGGCCAUUGACAAGACUGUUUUGCACUCCUCUAUGGAACGCGACGACAUCUUCAGGGAGCCCUUCGAAAGGCUUGAGCGCGAGGCCGAUGCCGAGUCAACGCGAGUCUACCUGGAGGCAUGUGACAGACAGAAUGAGCUGUACAAGCACAGAGAUGAGCUGCGACGGCAGAAUGGCCUUGACACCGGCGAGUGUUUACGUGUAAGUGAGUUUUGCAUAAUUAAAACCUGUAAGUUAGUUCGACCAUCGCAAACGAAGAUGUCCACCAUUUGCCCAAGAGCAGGGACGGUGACUGUGGUCAGGCAUAGUGAAAGCAGACGCGCCGCCAUCUAUCCCACUCUAAACCCUCUCAACUGCAUUUAA